AUGUCGAAAUUAAGAACCGUGGAGCAUGUUCGGAGUUUUGAAGAAAUAAACUCUCUUUUCGAUGUGGUUGAUAAGAAAGGUCAAGGCACUUUUGCCACUGUUUUUACCGUAAAGGAUAAAUCUGCUCCUGAAUCCGAACCCUACGCAUUAAAGAUGAUUAUUCCGAUUACAGAUCUCAGACGAAUAGAGAAUGAGCUGCGAAUUCUGCGUCAAUUGAAUGGGAAACAUGGGGUCGUAAAGAUGUUGUCAGCAAUGCGAAUUCGUGACCAUACCUUCAUUCUUAUGCCUUACAUUGAUCACAGUUACUAUUUGACCUUCAAAGAAAAAGACAUACGAAGAUACCUUCUGCACCUCUUGCGAGCACUGGAAUACGUUCACCGCUAUGGCAUUAUUCAUAGGGAUGUCAAACCCUCCAAUUUUCUGCUGGAUCGACAUUUCGGUCUCGCCCACUCUCAAUUCGAAGGUGAUGUGGAUAAGUCGUGGGAUCCCUCAUCUGCAUGCCAAUUGUCCAAACGCGAGAGUCGCGUUUCGCUAGAAAGUCGCCACAGUUACACACUCAGAAGCUCCUCCCUUAGGGAGCUUGACAACCUCCGGCAUUUCCCAGCGAAAUCUCUUGUAAAAUCUGCGUCAGUGAAGCCCCAGCUAUGCUCCGCUUUGAGCACACCUCGCCGAUCAAGCACCACAGGAGGGUCUCCCUUCUCCCCUCCUUCGAUCAUCCCCAGUGGUAGCGGUAAUCUCUGUAAGAGUGGUUCGACAGAAGAGCAAUGUGUCUGCGGUAACCGCCUGACCUUGUGUCGCAGUUGUCGGGGCUAUCCCAAACACCCUCCCGUUCGUCGAGGUGGCACUGUUGGUUACAGGGCCCCCGAGGUAGUCCUGCGUUCUUCACAUCAAACCACAGCUGUUGACUUAUGGGCUGUGGGGGUGACAUUUCUGACCUUCCUCACCGGCCGCUACCCCUUCAUUAAGGUAGAUGAUGAUCUAGAGGUUCUUCAUGCUUUCACCCACCUCCUCAGUUAUGAGCGGAUGCAACAGGGCGCACGCAUAGUCGGUAAGCGUAUUCUAGUCGAUCCAAGGCCACCACCUUUGGAAGAGGGAGAAACUCCGACCACCUUCCUUAAAAAGCGACUUGUCAGCAUCCGCAAGAACGAACGGAAACUAAUCGCUCCGCCACCAAUAAUGAGUGAAGCAGCU